AUGGGUGGAAAACCAAAGACCGAGAAUUCAAAGAAAGCUGCUGGCAAUGCGAAGGCGAUGGUCAAAGGGAGCCAAAUCAACCGCGAAGAAGUAAUGCUCCCUUCCAACCUAAUCUUCCCCAGAAGCUUGAACUCAUUCAAUGACCACAGGGACGAUGCUGAAGCCAAGAAGGCAGAAACCGCUCGCAAGAAAGCUGAGAAAGACGCCCUGCUCGCCGCCGAUGAGAAAGAGACUUCUACUGCACGCUCUCAGCCCAAAAAUUCCAAGACCGCCACCAAGAAGACCAAAGGCCUCGAUCUCUCCAGCCUCGACGACACCCCUAGCACAUCUACCUCCAAAGCCACCCCUAGUCUCAACGCGACCGGUAUAGAAAACGCGCUGGACGCGCUCAACCUGACAUCUGGCAACAACAACGCAGAGAAAGUGGACAGGCAUCCCGAGCGGAGGUUCAAAGCAGCGUACGCGGCGUACGAGGCGAGGAGGAUGCCGGAGGUGGAGCAGGAGCAUCCCGGGCUAAGGAAGAAUCAGAGACAGGAGGUUGUGAGGAAGGAGUUUGAGAAGAGUGCGGAGAAUCCGUUCAAUCAGGCCAAUGGGAGAUUUGAUUCUAGUAAGGACGAGUUGAAGGAGAUUAGGGAGCGCGAGAGGGAGAAGGUGGAGAAGAGGUUGGCGGAUAAGUGA